AUGAUGUGGUCCAAAUGUUUUAUAAACGAAUUUCUAACAUUUGAUGCUCAAUAUGCUAUUGAAUUGCUUCAUUCACUUGGUUCAGUAUUUGAUAGUAAUUAUUCAACUAAUGAAAAUCUUCGAAACGUGAUGAUCGAAUUAGCUAAACAAGAUGAUAAAUGUUUUUAUCAAUUGGCAUUGUAUGCUUAUAAAAAACUUCAAAGAAAUCAUUCAUUUGAUUUAACAACUGUUUUUAAUGAUGAAGAAUUCAAGGCCAUGUACGAUUUCAAUAAGAAAGAUGUAGAAAAUUCAGAAAAACCUCAAUCAUAUAAUGUGGCCGCUGUUCAUGUCACUCCGACUUCAACACAUAUUAUGCCAUUAGAACCAACACAAGGACAUCGUGCUCUUCGACAUAAAGCUUUCAAUGGUAUUCAUGAUUUUUGUCUUGUAUACUUGAAACCAGAUCCACCAGCUAAAUAUGUUAAUCAAUGUAAUCGAUUCAAAAAUGUUUUUCAGUCAGGCAUUGAAAUUUGCAAUAAUCGUUACCAUUUUCUUGGUGUAUCGAAUUCUCAAUUACAUGAACAUAGUUAUUGGUUUAUAAGAGCAACAUCUCUGACAGAAGCUCAUCAAAAACGACAAAAAUUAGUUAAUUGUAAUGGCAUCACUAAUAUUGGCAAAUAUGUAGCACGAUUAGGUCUAUGGUUUACUAAGAGUCAUCCGACUGGGAUUAAACUUACAUUCAUUUCGGAUAAACAAGAAUUCAAUUCAAGAGUUGAACAAGGAGAUAUGUGUGUAACAGAGAUAUGUGAUAUAAAACGAAAUGAUUAUUAUUUCACAGAUGGAAAUGGAUUGAUGUCCAAAGGUUUAGCAAGAAUAAUUGCUGAACGACUUGAUUAUCUUGUUAAAUACGAACAGAAUGAAUUAUAUCCUUCUGCUUAUCAAAUUCGAAUGGCUGGUUGUAAAGGUGUUGUUAUUAUCGAUCCUGAAUCGACUUUAAAUCAAUUCUACAUUAAAAUUCGUCCAUCAAUGAAUAAAUUCGACUAUGAUGAAUGGGAUUUAGAUAUAUGCGAAGAAAGUCGACCGAUUCCAACUCNAAUACUUUUCGGUUAUCCAGAAACUGUGGUAAUGAAUUUUUGA